AUGCAAGGAGAAAAUCUUGUUAUGGUAGUUGAUGAUGAUGGAUGCUUUACAGAAAGAGUUAUUGAUUUCAUUGGUCAAUAUGUCAAAGAGGAUAAGAGCAAACUGAUCAAAUCUGGAAGCUUUACUCAUGCAUAUCCAUUUUGUUGGAGAUCUGAUACUCCUCUCACCAACAGAGCAGUUCCAGCUGAUUGUUCAAACAGGUUUCUUCUUCAUCGCAUGAAUAACGCUUUCCCUGAAAUGCCAUUUUUUGGGCUGGAACCCUGCUGGAUUGGCCAGCCUGAUCCAGAUCAUGAAAAAGCAUGUACUAUACGUGAUAAAGAGAUUAAGGAACAUGGUGAGAAAGAAAAAGACACAUCAGAAGACACAGAACAAAUAGAACAUGAUCAAGAAGAUAAAUAUUGUGAUAUGACAUAUCAUUUUUCCCAAAAUGAACCCCCAUGUACUCUUGAAGACUCUGUAGCUGAACUCUUUCAUCAAGAUGUACAUGGCCAAAUGCUUUGUCUUCGUAAGAAGGUGAAGGAAAGAUUGCGAAACUCAGAUGAUUACCAGUCAUUUUUGAAGUGCAUUGCACAAAGAGUAUUACUCGGCCACAAUUGCAAUCAAGGGUAA